UUCCUGCGGAAAGAUGGCGGCGCUGGUUGCGGAUUACAGCUCGUCCGAGAGCGAGGGGGAGACUGAGUGCGGGAGCGGAGAGAGAGCGUCCAGGACUGGGAGCACUGAGUCCGGACUAGAGGCUCCACCGGCGGAAGAAUCUGGGACUGAGGAGCGAUGCAGUGAAGGUGGUGGUCCCCAGGAGCGAGCAGAGGAGGGGACCUCGAAUCCCAUGAAGCUCCCGCCACCGGAGCUGGAGGGAGGCCUGAGCCAGACGCCCGGAGUCUUUGCUAACCCCUUCGCCCAGGAGCGGCGCCAGCGCCUGAGUCUGCUGGAGAAGCACGUGAGACUGACAGCUGGCGUGCGCACGGAGGAAGCGGGUGGGGGCAGCAAGAUCUGCCUGGCCUACCGCAAGGAUGGCCGCUGCCGCUACGGCAGCAACUGCAAGUUCGCCCACGACAGUGACCUGCCAGACUACCGGCCUGGCCCCGCAGGUUCCCCAUCCCAGGAAAACGGUGAGGUGCCUAUGGGCAAGAGUGGCAGAAAGAGGCCAGGUCUGAGUGCAAUUCCCACCCCCCCCAAGAGGAUCGUGAAGAAUUACUGGAUCCAACACGCCAAGGAGGGGCCUGGCCUACUGUAGUCAGCUCAGCAGCAGAGAAAGUCUGAGCUCGUGGAACAGGCCCAAUGUCAAGAGGGGCCUGGCCAACUGUAACAGGCUUAGCAGCAGAGAAAGUCUGAGUUCAUGGUACAGGCUGAGGCCUUCCGUAACAGAUCCAAUACCAGUAGGGACGUUUCCAACUGGAGUGAGGCUCAGAGAAAGUGUUGUGACCCAGUCUCUGGUAAAAGGGCUGGUGGUCAGGAAAUGUUAGCAUGCUACAGGAUGGCUCGAAGGACAGGACAGCCCACUGUUACCAAAACCAUCCCUACCAUCCAGUACAUUGGGGGCUGCACACGAGGUUGAUCGCGGGAGCUAGCGAUUGCCAAGGAAAGUAUGGGACACUUCCAACUUCCAACCACGACUAGUUUGGUCUUGUGGUAUCCAAGCUUUGAUAGUCUUACCACUCAUUAUUAAGGCUGGCCGUAGGGUUACAUCCCUGCUCUCUGUUUUGUGUGAAUCUAGAAUUCAGUCAUGUGGGUAGGUAGGACUCCUGUCAGACCUCAUAGUGCAUGCCGGGCCCUGGUUCCUGUCCUCCGAGCCUUGGGGAGAAACUGGGGGUCAGGAUCCAGAGAGACCAGUGAUUACUCCAUCACUUCUGCCAACUUCUCCCUGCUCUGGGCACAAGGCUGUUCAGGGUGGAACAAACUUCAUAUCUAGGCUGGUGUGCAGAUUGGCCAUCAAGUUAUAAUGUUUCUCAACUUGCCCCAGCCCCACGAAAGCAGCGUGACUUCUCAGUUCACUACUAACCUGUUUGAUUGAGACUUCUCCUCACAUGUAAGGGCCUUUACCCCUGUACAAUUUACGUAGUUCUCAUUUUGUGACUGAAUAAAAUGAUUGAUUGAUUC